CUCCCGACCUUCCACUACAGAUUUAUACAUCCUCCAAGAGAUUCUAUUUUAUUCCAUCCUCUCUAAAUGUCUGAACCACCUCAAAAUCCACUUCUUAGCCCUCUGGAUAAUACUUUUAGAAACCCCACAUCUUCUAAUCUCCAGACUACAGAUUCUCUGCAUAAUCACACCACACAUUGCACUCAGACACAACAUCUCCACUGCCUCCAGCCUUCUCCAUGCUUCACACCCAUAUAAGAGCAUUGGUAUCACUAUACCUACUCUUACAUUUCCCUCUUUGCUUCUGUAGAUAAAUCCUUUAACUCCACAGACUCUUCAGUGCACCACUCAUCUUUUACCCCCCCUCCCCCUCGUCAGUUCUGUGGUUCACCUCGUGUUUCAUAGACCUAUCUGCUUGUAGAAGCAAUAAGUAUUUGCAGUUAGUACUGUAUAACAAAAACAAUAGAAUAAUGAAAACAUGUCAAAUUUUACUUUCAGCUAUAAAGUGGAUAUAAAUGCCCUGAAGCACACUUGUAGAACAUUGAAAGAGGAGGUGACCCAGCCACAAAGCAUGAAAGCCAGUGAAUCUCCAGAAGAAACUACAACAUAAUAAAGACCUAUUUUGAGAGAUGAAGAUAAAUUAAAAAUUGUUGAAGUACUAGUCAUAAAAGCCAGUAAGAACCUAACAAAAGGCAACAUGCUACACUGGAAGAAAAAGGUCUUGAAGAAUAUAUCUGAAGCACUAAACAGGAAGGAAACACCACAGGAAGAUGAAAUCUCAUUAAAGAUGAAACAAGUGUUACCUGGAGAAGAUAAAGUAUCACAGAAGAAAACUGAAGAAGUGAUGAAGAUAAGUACUGGACGUUUAAAUAACACAAGUGCCUCUGUGGAAAAGUCUGAACUUCUAACAAAAGCAGAAGACUCGUUGAAAUUUGUAAAUGAGCCACUGUGCGUUGGUAAACCUGAUCACAGAGUGAAAGUGUUACAAAAGAAAGUAGAAUAUCAGGGCAAAGAAUGUGAACAGUUGAGCAAAACAAAUGAUCCCUUACAAAAAAAAGAAAAAUCAACGAAGAAUGCAGUGAUAAAUUCCCCUGUGAUGAGUAGUGAUGAACCAAGGCAGAAAUAUGUAAGUUCUUUUACAAGUUCUGAACUAAAGAACACGAGAUCGGUAAUAAUACAAGAGGAGUCAGUGCAACAUGAGAAUAGUGCUCAUUUGAAGAAUACAACUAUUUUACAAAAAGUAAACAUGACACAGAAGGAUGAGUCUACUCAAAAACUAAUGCAAACUAAAUCACAUAAGAUAGGUAAUGGCACCUCAGACAUGUCAGUGCAGUCACAGAGUAGAAUUCAACCAUUAAAAAUCACAACAGAUCAAGUGAAGGCAUCAGUAGGGCCAUUGGAGAAAGAUGAAUCACUGAAGUGUGAUAGUGAUCAGCCACUGAAGAUAACUGAACCACAGAUGAUGACAGAGGAAACUAAGAAGUCAUUAGAGUCACAGAGUGAUCCUCACUCCACAAAGACAACAGAGGAGUCUCAGAAUAAAGUAACCAUAAUACAUAAGAGUAAUGUUACUAAACCACUAAAUAAAAUUGAGUCACAGAAGACUGCAAAUGAGGCAAAUAAAAAAUUAGAACCUCUACAGAGUGCUACUCAGUUAAUUAAAACAACAGUAGUACUUCAGCAAAUUAAAAAUACGGCUUUCUCUCAAGAAACUGCUGAAAAAUGUCUUGAAACACGAGAUACUUUUAAAAUGAUACAAGGGAAGUCGGUACAUUUUCUGAAUAUUAUUCAGUCACUAAAGGCAAAAGUAGAACCACAGAGUAGAGAAAAGUUGCUGAAGAAUAUGGAUAGAAUGUUAUAUAUGCAACAACAGCAAAUGAAGACAACAAAGGCACUGAAGAAUAAGAAUGAGCCAGAACAGGAACUUAAUCAACUGGUAGAUAUUCUUCAAGUUUCACCAAAGAUUGACAAGUCACUUAGAGAGGCAGCUGUAACUCAGAGUGAAGCAGAUGGUUCACAUGAGACGAAAGACAUCAUGAUGUGUAAUGCAACAUUUUUAUCUCAUAAUGUUAAUAAUGAUUUAACUCUAAAUAUCCCAAAGACAGUUGAUGAUGCACCUUAUAUGACAGUGAGAACUGAAUUUGAGGUGGAUACAGGUAACUGGAAUGACAUACCAGUUUCUGUGGAUGAAUUAAGAGAAUUCUAUAAAAAUUCUUCAUUAAUAUCAAAAAGUGGAGCUUCGAACAAAGGCCAUUCCAAUAAGUCUCAUUCAGUGAAGUCAGUAGAGUCACAGAGUGAUCCUCACUCGGUAAAGUCAGUAGAGCCACAGAGUGAUCCUCACUCGGUGAAGUCACUAGAUUCACAGAGUGAGCCUUACUCGGUGAAGUCAGUAGAGUCACAGAGUGUUCCUCACUCAGCAAAGACAGCAGAAGAGUCUCAGAAUAAAGUAAACAUAGUGCAUAAGAGUAAUAUUACUAAACCACUAAAUAAAAUUGAGCCACAGAAGACUGCAAAUGAGGCAAAGAAAAAAUUAGAACCUCUACAGAGUGCUACUCAGAUAAUUAAAACAACGGUAGUACCACAGAUGACAAAAGCUGUAAUACAGGCAUUCAGUGUUCCCCAUUUUGAAAAGGAAACUCAACAACAGAAGAGGGCAAAUGAUAUUAGAGAUAAGUCAAUAGAACCACAGAGUGCUAUUAAGUCAGUGAACAGAAUAGCAGAGCCACAGGAGAGAGAGACAACUCUGCCUCUGAAGCCAGUAGUUGAAUCUGGAAAAGUUGAUCAGUCUCUAGAGACCUCAUCACUGUCACCAAAUGCCAUUAAACAACAGAAAAAACACAGUGAAAUAAGCAAGGUAGAAGAACUGCCAAAUGAAGACACAAACCUAUUGGCAGUGGAGGAUUAUCAGUUAAAGAAAUUUGAACCAUUGAUUGAGUCAUCAACACUACUGGAUAUUACAAAUAACCCUAAUCCAGACAAGAAAGAAGAACUAAUAGCAGAGAAAAUCAGGUCAGUGAAGAUAAAUAGUAUGACUAAAGUGAAAGGAGAACCAUUGCACAACACAUGUCUGCCAUUAAAUAACAUUAAUGACUCGUUAGAGGUACAUAGUAAGUCACUAGUGAAGGUAAGUGAGAUAACAGACAAGGCACUUGAACAAAUUAAAAAUAUGACUUUCUCCCAACAAGAAACUGCUGAAAAAUGUCUUGAAACACGAGAUACUUUUAAAAUGACACGAGGGAAGUCAGUACAUUUUCUGAAUGUUGUUCAAUCAAUUCAGUCACUAAAGGCAAAAGAAGAACCACAAAGUAGAGAAAAGUUGCUGAAGAAUAUGGAUAGAAUGUUAUAUUUGCAACAACAGCAAAUGAAAGCAACAGAGCCAUUGAAGAAUAAGAAUGAGCCAGAACAGGAACUUAAUCAACUGGUAGAUAUUCUUCAAGUUUCACCAAAGAUUGACAAGUCACUUAGAGAGGCAGCUGUAACUCAGAGUGAAGCAGAUGGUUCACAUGAGACGAAAGACAUCAUGAUGUGUAAUGCAACAUUUUUAUCUCAUAAUGUUAAUAAUGAUUUAACUCUGAAUAUCCCAAAGACAGUUGAUGAUGCACCUUAUAUGACAGUGAGAACUGAAUUUGAGGUGGAUACAGGUAACAGGAAUAACACACCAAUUUCUGUGGAUGAAGUAAAAGAAUUCAGUAAAAAUUCUUCAUCAAUAUCAAAAAGUGAAGCUUUGGACAAAGGUCAUUCAAAUAAGCCUUCCAUAUUUCAGCACAAAGGUCUAGUUUUACCUGAUAGACCUACCAUGAGAGCCUUUAUGUAUUUACAUAAGAAAAAUCAGCUACAGAAAAAAUCAAAAAAAUUUAAGAGAUUGGCUAAUAUUCUUCAGAGGAAAGCUAACCUGAAGCAAAAUGGAGUUUACCAGAAGAAUACUGAUAAGUUAAAAGAAAUAACUUUACAUUUGAAUUGGGAAAAGACUUUCACAAGGCAGCUUGAUGAUUUGUAUAAGAAAUGUGAUAUUGAUAAAAAGAAAAAAGAAAAAAUCUCCCAAAAGGCAUGCGAAGUGCAGGAUCAGUUGAUAAGUAUAUAUGUGCUGAAGGAAGAAGUAAGUACAUUAUUGCUAGCAGUUUAUGAAGAAGUAAACAAGGACCGAGUGAAGGGAUGUAUGUCAGUGUCUGUGACUAUGGCAUUCAAAGAAACAUGGAAAAUACUUAAUGUUGCCAUGCAGAGACUUUAUGAAUAUAAUACGUCUUUUACUAAGAGGGUACAAGAUUUUAAAAAGUUAAUAAUUAAAUUAAAGAUGAAUGAAACGGAUAACAUUGAAAAGUUGAUUUUGUGUUUAGAUAGAAAGACCACCAAGCUCACAAAGAAGAUAAUAAUACUUAAAAAGAAAAUAUGUCUGCUUAAGACACCUAAUGUGGGUAUGUUAAGUGUAGAUAGACUAGAGGAUAGGGCUCAAAGGUAUAGUUACUUGGCUAAACUCUUUUUUGAGCUAUACCAAUUCCUCCAGACUUCAGCAUAUGAUAAAAAACACACUAAUGCAACUCUAGAGAAAGCUUUGAAUAAAGUACCUGAUUUUUACAUAUCCUGGAGAAAAUCCGAUAUCUAUAAAAAAAUUGAUGAACCACCCAAAGAACCAGAUUGUGCAACACUUGUCAAUGAUUUUACAGUUGAGCCAUUAAAGCUUUCAGGAGAAGAAGCUUCUACAACUUUGCCUAAUCAAAAACUUGUUGGGAAGAAAGGCACUAAAUCUUCAGUAGCAGGCUGGAACAUUACAGAAGGUAAUAAACCUAGUGGAGUGCAAAAAACAAUGUACGAGUCAGUGAAAAUGUGGAGGGUUUCAUCUCGUGAGACUAAUAGAGUUGCUAGAGCUUCUCCACUAGAAGUAUGUACUCUUCCAAGGAAAGUAUCUGAUCUUCCAAGAGUAGUAUCUGAUCCUCCAAGCAAAGUAUCUGAUCUUCCAAGACUAGCACCUGAUUCUCCAAACAAUGUAUCUACUCUUCCAAGAAAAGUAUUUGAUCUAAGAGUAGUGCCUGAUCCUCCAUGCAAAGUAUCUGCUCUUCCAAGGAAAGUAUUUGAUCUUCCAAGAGUAGCACCUGAUCUCUCAAGCAAAGUAUCUGCUCUUCCAAGCAAAGUAUUUGAUCUUCCAAAAGUAGUACCUGACCUUCCAAGCAAAGUAUCUACUCUUCCAAGGAAAGUAUUUGAUCUUCUAAGAGUAGCACCUGAUCCUCCAAGAAAAGUAUCUGAUCUUCCAAGAGUAGCACCUGAUCUCUCAAGCAAAGUAUCUGCUCUUCCAAGGAAAGUAUUUGAUCUUCCAAGCAUAGUAUCUGCUCUUCCAAGGGAAGCAUGUAAUCCUCCAAGAGAAGCACACAAUCCUCCAAGGGAAGCACAUAAUCCUCCAAGGGAAGCAUGUAAUCCUCCAAGAGAAGCACACAAUCCUCCAAGGGAAGCACAUAAUCCUCCAAGGGAAGCACAUAAUCAUUCAAGGGAAGCACGUAAUCCUCCAAGGGAAGUACCUGUUCUUCCAUGGAUAGGAAGUGCUCCUCCAAGGAAAUAUUAACCACUGCGAUUGUAGUUGAAAGAUUGUAGAAAUUUUUUAUAUGAUAUUACUUAGGCUUAUUUUAAGGUACAAAUCUAGGAGUUAAAAUGUAUAAGUAAUGUGACAUGUGACUCAAAAAAAAAAAUAGUCAUUUAGACUAGCAAGGAACUUGUUUAAAAUGUAUAGGGCACAAGCUUUUUCAAUAUUUUAUUCUUAUAACCUCAUAUGGCAGCAUACCAUUAUAAUGAAGAGGAAUCACACGCAAGAUUUUUGCUGAAGUUGCAGUCUCCAUUUGUAGUAGAGAAAAAAGACUGCACAGCUUGCAACAAUGCCAGUAGAAGAAUAAUGGAGACAUUAUGAACCUCAGUCUACCCAAAUCCUCAGAGGGACUCAGCUAUAACCAACAAGCUGUAGCAGUUGUUCAGGAUUCAUCUUGGAGGUCUGUCACUACAUUUGCUUGACUACUCAUGACCAGGAAAGUACAGUAAUCACUAUACUCUAGGAUGAAGCCUGAAACCACUUGAUGUGACCCAGCUGGCUGGGUGUGAGUCGACAGUCCAGGUCUGCAAAGGCAAUAGCAAAAUCUACAUAAAAGGAUGACCAGAUGUGGGAAGAACUGCAGCAGGUCCAUUAAUAUCUAUAAGGAAUAAGCCUAGGUACAUGACAGGAAGGCAUGGACGUGUAAGCAUACCAACAGUUUUAUUAAGCAGUCCAUAUAAUAUGAUGCACAUCACAUCAUUGCUUGUAUGAGCAUUGUCAUGUCUGGAAGAUUUCCAUUAAUGGGAGAGGUUUCCACAUUUUUUUUUCUACUUUGCAAUCAAGGUGUGUGCAUGCAUGCACACACUGUCAUUUGUUGGUUGUCUGUUGUCUCUUGGCAG